GUACCUUUGCUCUGUGCGCGGUUCCUCUUCCCUUCCCCCCUCUCCCCCUCGUCCCGCGCUUGCGGGCAUCUGAGCCGAGGACCCGGCGCGCGGUGCCCGCGCGAGCGGCAGGGUGCUGCUGCGGGUGGGUGCAGGGACGGGGGACGGACGGGACCUCUCUGGGUUGUGGCGCUCUCUACUGCACCAUCCCCUAAGCUUGUUCUGAGCCGCACCCCCACCCCUCCGGCUGCCGCGGGCGUACUGGGUUGCUGGUGCUGUCCGGACUCGCCUCGCAUUCCACCCCCACCGUGUCGUGUGCGCGCGUAGAUAAGGACCUCUGACGGUAACUUGGCCUCAAUGUGCCUCCUAACAGCUUCGAAGAGGUUUCGCAGCUUUGCUGUGCUAGGCUUUGCUUCUGAAUCCGCAAACUGGAUUAUUAGGACAAGGAAUUCCGGCUUUCUCUAGUAAAAAAAAAAAAAUAAAAAAAUUAAGAAGUACGAAAUGGUCAUCCUGCAGGCUGCAACGGCUUUCCAGAACUUGUUUCUGUGGGGAAGUAAGACCGUGAUAACAUCAUGCUUGCAAGGGUCACGAGUGUUGGUACUGGAAACUAGAGUGAGCUGCUUAGCCCGGGGGGGAAACCAAUACAGCCGUUGCCUAUGCGAUGUUAACUUUAAGUGCCGUACGCUCCAUGAUCUAUCGCUUUUCCUAGUCAUGCCUAAGGAGCCAAUUAUCGAGUUGUCUGAAGCAGGAGGUUCUGGUGAAUCUGUACAGUCAGAAAGAACAGAGAGCACAUGCCCAGUGAGGGAUGGUCGCACUUUGGAGUGCCGUACGCUCCAUGAUCUAUCGCUUUUCCUAGUCAUGCCUAAGGAGCCAAUUAUCGAGUUGUCUGAAGCAGGAGGUUCUGGUGAAUCUGUACAGUCAGAAAGAACAGAGAGCACAUGCCCAGUGAGGGAUGGUCGCACUUUGGAGGUACAGUCAGAAAGAACAGAGAGCACAUGCCCAGUGAGGGAUGGUCGCACUUUGGAGUGCCGUACGCUCCAUGAUCUAUCGCUUUUCCUAGUCAUGCCUAAGGAGCCAAUUAUCGAGUUGUCUGAAGCAGGAGGUUCUGGUGAAUCUGUACAGUCAGAAAGAACAGAGAGCACAUGCCCAGUGAGGGAUGGUCGCACUUUGGAGUGCCGUACGCUCCAUGAUCUAUCGAUUUUCCUAGUCAUGCCUAAGGAGCCAAUUAUCGAGUUGUCUGAAGCAGGAGGUUCUGGUGAAUCUGUACAGUCAGAAAGAACAGAGAGCACAUGCCCAGUGAGGGAUGGUCGCACUUUGGAGUGCCAUACGCUGCAUGAUCUAUCGCUUUUCCUAGUCAUGCCUAAGGAGCCAAUUAUCAAGUUGUCUGAAGCAGGAGGUUCUGGUGAAUCUGUACAGUCAGAAAGAACAGAGAGCACAUGCCCAGUGAGGGAUGGUCGCACUUUGGAGGUGGUAUGCUGUUUAUCAGCUGCAAAGUACCAUGGAGUUCCCUUCCCUGCAAGGAUUUCUGCAGAGCCUGGCCUUCGCUCCGCUCCACCCUCCAUUCCAUCCCUCUUAGCAGGUACAGUCAGAAAGAACAGAGAGCACAUGCCCAGUGAGGGAUGGUCGCACUUUGGAGGUGGUAUGCUGUUUAUCAGCUGCAAAGUACCAUGGAGUUCCCUUCCCUGCAAGGAUUUCUGCAGAGCCUGGCCUUCGCUCCGCUCCACCCUCCAUUCCAUCCCUCUUAGCAGGUACAGUCAGAAAGAACAGAGAGCACAUGCCCAGUGAGGGAUGGUCGCACUUUGGAGGAAGUCACUUGCUGGAGUGACAUGAACCGAUGAAGCGACCAUUUCACAAGGAGCAAGGAGGGUUCGAUGAUGACCCAGGCAGGCUGAGAAGGGGGAGUGAUAGAGCGGCUCUGUCUGUACCUGGCAUCCAGCCAAGGUCAAGCCUCCACAAAUUUUUUUGAUGCCCUUCAGGUGGGUCAGGAGAGGAGUCAGAGAACACUCGGAGAGAUCUGAUCUCUGAUUACUUUAUUGAGUUAUAGUUGGUAAAUUUAUGUACGUAAAAUCUUUAACAAGUACAUAUGGGUUUGUGGUAAAUGGUCAGCUAUUUACUAGACCUAAUUUUAAUAUGGGAUAAAAAGAUUAUCACUAAGCUUGUGAAAAGAAUGUCACUUAGCACCCCACCCCAUUGAUGUCUCGUGUCAGGUAAAGGAUCUCUCAGCAUCGAGGGGUAACCUUGAAACGCAUCCCUACUUGAGGGGAGAUCACUGCUGCGCAACCAGUUUCUAUGGAGAGGGAACUUAACAGACCCUGAUGACUGCACUUAUUGAUAUAAUCAGGUGGUUGACUCUUAGUCAGAUUUCUACUGUGUUCAUGCAGUUUUGGCUGCUUAUUAGGCCAGACUCCAGGCAAAACUGUUUGUUGGCUUUGGUGCUGGUUUCUCGCCAAUAGCCUCAUGCAGUGGGGUUUUCUUUGCAUAAUCCUACUUGUUGAUCAUCUGCCCGGACCAAAGUUCAGAUAGUUCAAACAGGAGGAGCAAAUCCAUUACACCAGGUUUUCCCUAGCAAUGACCCCAGAUCACUGAGGGCAGUAAUCAAGGGCAUGUUGGCCCAGGGGUUUUUGUCUUCAGUCCUGACGCUAGUGGGAAAUGGCAGGAGAAAGAGGGCACUUAGUGUGUGUCAGUAAUUGUCUGCGGAGCUUGUGCCUGCAACAGGGUUUUGGGUUCUAUGAGACUGGGGCCCUGCGCAUCUCUAUCUGCUUGGAAAAGAGGGUCUCCACGUCACUAAGAAGGACAAAGGUAUUUUGGCUAGUAGGUUAGCUGACCAAAUUAGGAGGGCUUUAAACUAAGAGUGAGGGUGCGAGGAGAGAGAGAAUAACCAGCAGCCCUGUGCGGGAGUGAUGGACAGGGUCAAUGAUCAUGAGGCUGGGUGAGAGCUCUAGUGCCUGGAAAUGCCUCAGAAACCAAAGGCAGCAGUGGAUGUCAUUGCUACAAGUGUGCCCAAGAGGAAGAUCUCCUUGGACAAGUAAGUUUUCAAAGAGGAGAUCGACAGGCAGCACGGUAUCUGGGAACGCAGACAGGAGAUUGAUGCGUGGUACUGAACGCUGUCCCAGGCUCAGUGAUGGCCUGCCUUCAGAGUGCACAAAAGGAAGGUAAGCCAAAAUCUAACCUCAGGCUGACUGACACAAGUAACUCCUGAGAUGAAGGAGACCAGACUUGUCUCUGCUUGGGGUAGAAGGAAGAACCCUCCCCCAUCUGUUGCUAUAGAGCCCCACACGGUGCAAAGCACCAGGGCUCAGUCAGAAAGCUGUUUAGACUUAUUUAUUAAAGCAGCAUGUUGUUUUUAUAGUUUUGCAAGAGGUUUACAUUUACUAAACAAACACAUACACUGCCCAUUGGUCAUAAAGAAAAAACAAAGCUUUCAAUAGGUGAAAGGAGCCAUGCCACUGUGUAAGCCAACCAAAGUCCAGAUCUUCUUGCUUAUACCUUUUCUCUCUCUCUGUCUUCAUGUUGUCAUGGUGAUCGCCUUGGUAAAUUCCUUGAGAGAGAUAUGAGGCUUUCCUUAUCUUCAGGAAGCCUUUGCUGGCUCACAAAUACAAUACAGAAAUGUCUUUCCCACACCCAUCUCCUGAAGUGCCCCUACAGAACCGACAGGAUGCUCCUGGUUUGGAGACUGAAGAGCACAUGAGUAAUGGACAGGACCCAGGACAAAGCCAACCAUGCAAAGCUGACCUAACCACCUGUCCACGUUAGAGCCAGUGUGACCAGAGAAGCACAUAAAGGUAUUACUAAUUGGAGUUUUCCUCUUGAGAAACACUGACACACCUAUUUCCCACCCAGACAAUUUCUCUAGAGAGCUCUGCUGCCUACCAGGAGCUCGCAUUCAUGGUGUCACUGAGAGGCUGCCGAGGCUGGUGAACCCUACAGAUCAUCACCCGCUCCUACUCUUCUCUGUAGUGUCAGAUAAGGCAACUUAGAACCCUCCCAGGAGUCUAUUAUGUCUGUAAGAGCGAUGCUAAAAGGAUGGGGAGCACAGGUGAUGGUCGCCUCUAUUGGUGUCCGGUCUGAGGAAGGGGUCCAGGAAGGAGGAGACGGACUGAACAACUGAAUGCCGGGCUGCAUAGCUGGUGACAUAUGCAAAGUUUUAGCUUCUGUGAUCAUGGAUCUACUUUUAAGAAGCCAGGUCUGUUGGGAGCUGAUGGGAUUCACGCAACCAAGUGGGACAAGAGGGUCUUCACCUAUUGUAAAUCAAAGGCAACUCUGAGGAGAGAGAGGGAGAGAGAAUAAUGCAUCUGACUCCAUCUUAUCAGAAGGCUAAUUAAUUACUUUAUUAUACUAUACUAUAUACAUUUCAUCUAGACUGAAUCUGCCAUGCACUCACUCUUGCUCACAACUGCACAGAACUGCAUUCAUCUCGUGAUUCUCCUGUGACUGUCAGCAGACAGUCCGACACACACACAUACUUGGCCCUAAUAGGCCAAGGAAACAAAACAUCCUCACUUUGGAUAAACAAUCUCCAUAUUGCAUUCUACUUUGUCACAACACAGGCACAGCAAGUGAUAAGAAUUGUGUUUUCCCUUUCUCUGAGGUUCAGAGAAUGUGAAUCUCAGAAAUCCUUGGAAAGAAUUGUGCCUUGCUUUUCUCUAUGAAGAGAAAUGUGGCAACAUUCACCAGCAAACUAGCCUGACUUACAAGGAGGGCUUUAAAUGAAAUUCGGUAGUGAAAGGGGAUGAAGUUUUGAGCAACAGAGAAGGGCCAGGGGCUUCUGAUGUAUUGGGAACUAAAAGGGAAAUACAUGAGAAAUGCUGCAAAGGAAUUGGGGCUUGAUCCUUGUCCAAAAAAGAUAUGUGGCUGACAGCCCAACAUAAGUGCCUUUGUACCAAUGCACUGUAACAUCCCAAAUAAUUUAAAUGCAAGGGGUUUACCAAGGUUCCCUUUCUCUGUGUUAGACGCACAGGAGAAAUACUGGCCAGAUAUCCUCAAGAAGGCAAAAUUGCACAAAGGUUUAAUGGCAAAAUAUAGAAAAUCAAGGAACUUUGGCAAAUGAUUUAAUACAAUGUACAAUUAACAUAAAACACUUAUCAUAGCAUUAACUUAGCCCAUUUAGCUUAGCAAACUUUAAACCCAUUCAAUAUUACGUUACCCAAAUUGUUAUAAGAGAACGGGAUUAGAAGAAGGAGAAGGAGAUACAAAGACAAAAAAUAUAUAGAAAAACACAUAUAUCUACCAACUCCUGGGUUCCAGCCUAGACUCCAAGAGGGGACAGGGUCAAAACAUAUGCUCACCUCGUUGUCAGCCUUUUAAACCCCUGGGCCUCUAUAGGCCCCGAAGCCCAAAACUGGGCAAGAAAAUAAAACUCUAUAGUCAGAUGGCUACAGAGCAGGUAUUUGUUUAUUCAGAGCCAGGACAGAGGGGCAUCUCUCCGCCAAAAACUCACUCAAUCUUCUUUAGCCUUCAGUUACAUUUUAAAAGUCCUUCCACACAAUGUCACAAUUACAACAUAUCAUUAGCAUACUAAUAUUUGCAUAAAGCUGUGUCAUGGUUUUGCAAGUUUGUGCAUGCGUCAGUUCCUUCUGUGGUGGUCAUCAGCCUUCUGGUGGUCUUUUGACAAAGGCUUCUGUAGUCUUCCUCAUGUUUGAAUAUUUUACCUCUAUCUUCAGUGCAUGUAGCCAUGAUAUUUUAGGGAAAAAGCCUCUGCUGGGAUUUUUCCUGUCCUAAGGAGCUGAGAGCCUCAGGAAAGAAAUGUAAACAAUAACUAUCUGCUGCUGUGGAAUGCCACAGGUGCAUCUUUCAUUGGUCCAUGUGGAUUCUUUUCAAUCAGUGACCAAUCACAGCCACCUGUGCCAAGGCUGUGAGCAGUCACAGGAUUUUUGUUAUUCAUUCCUAUUCUAUUCUAUUCUUGUCUUUGUAGCCUUCUGAUUUUCUUCUCUCUGUUCUUUUUAGUAUAGUUGUAAUGUAGUAUUUUAGUAUAAUAUAUAACAUAAUAAAUCAGCCUUCUGAUGAAAAUGGAGUCAAGCCUCGUGUCCUCACACAAGGGGUUCUUGCCAAAGCAAGAAGUGCAUGUCUAGUGCUUCUUGUUUUUCAGUCUAACCUGUUUUUAGCUAAUUUUGCACUUUGCAAGUUCCGUUAAAAUUUGCUAUCUUGCUCUUGAUGGUGCUUGUUAUCUCAGUGGCUUUGCUAUCUUACAUUCUUUGCUAUCUUUCUUGUUUUACCUGCACAUCUUGUUACAAUGUUACUUGUGGUUAAUCUUUUGUUACAUACCACUUAGAAUUCAAUCCUCCACCCCCCAAGCUGGGACAUCUGGUCACUAGGCCACUCAAGAGCUGGUUUAGGCAAGACUUGGGCACUGCCUCUGGUGUGCCCUGAUUGACAGACACUGCGGGGCUGAGGGGCUGGGGGCAGGUCACUGUCUCCGUAGAGCAAGGCCUGACCUGCCCUCUCCCACACACACAAGCAUUCAAAAAUGUCUCCAGACAUCAGUCUCUCCAGUCUCUGACAUCCACCCUGUGGCUCGAGACAUUGACCGGGACCAAAGUAAUGGUACCUUUCCUCUCGUGGUCUAAUCUAGCAGACAGAGCAGAAAGGAAAGAAGAGGAAAGUAUACUGGAAGUUGUAUAAUGGGCAAUUGCUAUUCCAAUAAUCAAAGUGUAGUCUAGUUAAUAUCCUUCUAUGCAGUUCAUCUUCCCCCCUACCCCGUGGGUCUCUAAAAUUGCAGGCAAGGUUUGAUUCAAAUCAGGAUCCGGAGGGAGAGUUCAUGAACCAGUCUUUCAUCAGUCUUUCAGCACCCAGAGUCCAGCAGCUUGGUCCAUGAUUUCCUGUGUAUUCCUAGAGAUAGCACUCUUCUUCCAUGAGUUUCAGCAUUGUUGAAUGUUGUCUCAGUUAGAGAUAAGUUUAGGAGGAAAUGUCCUGAAAUGAAUGUCUCCUUUAAAGAAGGCAGGUUUUGGCACUCCCUCCCCCACCGAUACGAAAAUAAUUCCUCGGAUGAAAGUGAAAAAACCUGUUUAUUUAACAGAGUGCUCACAGUCAUGGGGAAAAAAAAAAGAAUAACUGUUAAUAUUGAACCUUCUCACUGUGGAGAAAGCUGGUGGAUUCAGAGUUCUUUCUGUAGCUGUGGCUUGGCUCCUCUCAAGGUCCAGAGCUGGGAUGAGGUAUCCCAGGGCCUCCCUGCUGGCUCCUGGCGAUGGUGUGAUUUUUGGACCGGAGCUAAGCUGAACAGUUCCAGAAGCCACAGAAAUCACUGGAGAAAUUGCUAUUGCAGUCUCAGGAAACCUUCUUGCUUCAGCUAACAAAAAGAAGCUAGCUAAAAGCAAAGAAUGUACUCUCAGAGAAGCAUGGGAGAGUGUGUGUGAGCUUGAACACAAACGUCCAAAAGAAUUCUUCCAGCCUCCCCCCUUCCCCUGGGCCCAGCUUAAAGCUGUAGGACCCGUUUCUGGGCAUAAAGCAGACAAUAGGGGAAUACAGUAUUUUUAUAAAAUCGCCCUAAUACAGUUAUAUACAAUUUUAUACAAUUAUUUUUUAAUACUUGUUGGACUUGUAAGCUGGGCUCCAAAAUAGCUUGGUGAGUUCAAUUUAGGGUUCUCUAUUGCUUAUUGAUAGUGUAGUACAUUGCACUCCUUGUCCAACUCUAAGGAUCAAUAGUUUGUCCACCUUGCCUUUUGGAGUCUAUGAUUUUACAAGUCCAGGUAUCCCCAACACCCAAACAAAUAUAUAUGUCCCACAUUGCCACACUUAUCCCUCCCACUGAUGCCUUGUGAAGGCUGACCUAGAACAGAGACUAAAUGGAGCUAAAGAAUAAAGUAGGUAUUUAUUAGAAGGCCUCAAUGGAUAUACCUUGGCCAGCACAGGAGCCCAGCCAGGGCAACACCCAAGAUGAACCCAAAAUGGUCACAGAAUGGACGACUGGUCAUGGGGUCUCACACUUUUAUAAGUUUUGGUUCAUUAGCAUAUUGAAGUUUAUUGUCCAAUUAUAGCUUUAGCUUAUGAAGUCCCAUCAUUCUUGUUUUUCUCUCUUCAGACCACCAUUGUUUAUGCUCUUGGGCCUGAGAUUUGGAUCGGUUGUCCUUGGUCCCCAGCUAGAGAAGGAAUUGUUUUGUCUACCUACUCUGUGAAGAGAGCUUACUAUCCCCUAAUAUGAAGCUCAGAAGUACACACUAAAGCAGUACAGAAUCUGAAAAAUAUAAAAGCUAAAUCUUGAGGCAUCACCACCAACCAGGUUUCAGGGAGAUUCCCAGAACCUGUUCUCAAGGAAAGAGGAAAAGGUAAGUGGGCACCAUGGGAAACAACGUUCAGUACAAUUCUACUACCUAAAAUAAUCUAGAUUGCCUCAGGGGUAGGAGUCAAAGAUAUAACAACACUCAGUCCUUCCAAUCUCCUCAUUUUAGUCAGGGUCCUGCAUUUGGACCAAAUACCUUUUCGACUUUACCAAACCCUUCAGUGGUUCUCUAACCCAAAAUCUUUCUUAUGAUUAGGACAUGUGCUUUCCUUGGUAAUUUUUCACUCUGUUCUGAGGAGAUAGGAAGAGGUACACAAAUUAGUUUCCAUGAUAAUUUGAAAUCCUAUCUGUGAGUUCACAAAACUAAAUUGAGGGAAGAACCUUUUUCACCAACUGUGGCAACCGGAGAGAAAAUAUUAACAUCUUAAAAUAUUGCAUGCAACAAAUUUACAUAAACAUAUAUGAAUAUAAACAUAAUAAUAACAACAGUAAAAAAAUGCAACAAUCACUUAUGAAAUUGAAGUUAUCUGGUACCUUAACAAUGCUGUUGAGUAUUCUCAGCAACAUGUAGGUAAAAAAGUUAGAGUAGCUGUCACUGUUGAGGCGGUCACGACGCAAAGCAGAGACCACAAAUAGUCUCAGAUGGCAACUCUUUAUUAUCGAAAAUGUCUGACCUUUUAUACACUUUCUAAUUGUUUAUACUUCUUCUACCCCAACUAUUGGCCACAAUAAAUCAACAUAACACUAUUGGUUAAAAGUAACAGUGACUUCAGCUAACUUUCUAAAAAUACUUCAUCCAGCUGCAAAGUUGUCUCCUUAUCUUUCUUCAAUUCCUCUCUUCUCUUGGUCUCCUUGGUAACAGCCUUGGAGAGAGCUCCUUAUCAGCUUCUUCUUUCUUCUCAGCUUCUUCUUGCUCCUUUAGCUAACAGGCCCGCUGUUAACCCCUUCAACAAGUAGCCACCCACCUUUUGAGACCUUUUCACUUUUAAUUUGUCAAAUAACCAUCUAUAAAUGUAGUAUUUGUUCUACUGUCAGUGUAGUAUUUGUUCUAUAUGUGUGAUGUUAGAGUGGUCCUUAGUGAAAAGGAUACCACUCCUUUCUUGCUCACCCCUCUGGCAUUUGCUAUCACAGUCACUACAAGGCCCUGCUAGGAUGGUUGACUAAUCCAAGAAGUAGUAACAGUGCUGGCAUACUGGGAACACUGUUCUGGAAAUAUAAAAACAUAAACCAUUUAAUGUAUUUUAUUUUAGAGUUUUGCAUUUUGUUGCAGCUUAAUCUGCAUCAGAUUUCCACUGCAGUUCCUCUGUGUUCUUCUUUGUCUGCAGCUGACUUUAUUCUCAUCUGCAUGUGCACCCAGUCUUUUGGCUGGAGAGGAUAUAUUAAAACAACAUACUUGCACAGUGAUAAAAGUAUUUUUCCUGAGAAGGUGACAGAUUCUGAAGCAGCAGUUCCAUCCCCACCUCUGGUAGAAGGCAAGGCUCAAUACCCACUCUUAAAUUUUGGAAUAAAUAAUAACCUGGGAGAAGGCUGAUGAGGUACCAGCUGUUUCUCAAGCAUUGGUUAGAAGCCUGCUGCCUCCCACAUUCUCCCAGUAAUUUUACCACAUGUUGGAGUGGGGAGAGGGAUGAGUUCUCCCCCUCCAACAAGUUUAAACUUUUCACACAACAGUUUGCUUAUUGGUCAAAAGACCAGAGCUCUUUCCCAUGUGCUUCCUUUAGAGAAACCUUUAUUUCCCCACAUUAGUAAAAUUUUCAAAACAGUCUCCAUUUCAUUUUCUUUGGGGCAAUUGCUAAUAUUACCUUGCAACUUAACCAAUUCUGUUGCAGGGUUUGAUAUCAUCAUCAUCAUCGGCUCUGUCUCUUGAUACGCAAAUUCCGCUUCAGAAGAGAGCAGGGCUUCUGGUGAGGGGAAAAGGGCGCUGGCUCCUCUGAGUCAAACCCCUUCUGUAAUGAGUGGAGGGAGGUGACAUCAGUGAUAUCAUGCUCAGGGAGUGCCGCCUCUGCCUACUCCUUUUUUACAAGAGGGUGGAGUUUAGGGUGUGGGGAGGGGUUUGGUGCAUUAAACUUCCCCAAGGCUGAGAGGGGUGAUAUCAUGUUCGGGGAGGCCUAACUCCUCCCCCAGGCUGACAUUCACACUUCCCUCAAUGAUGUUACUUUGCAUCUCUAAAGCCCUUUGGCUUUGCACAGACUUGUUUAACAGGUUUCUCGGGUUUUCGGCUAGGUGCUUUUGUGCCAUUAGUUCUUGUUCUGCUCUGAAGCAAGCAAUUAUUUCAUCCUUCAAGGCAGUUGGCAACUUAAUCAGCUCUUUCUCUGGCUGUUCCAAAACCUCUCUCUUUCUGGGCAGCCAUUUCAGACUCCCAUGUGAUUCCCUUACCAAAGGGGUUUUUUUUCUUCUUUUGCCAAAGUUCCAAUUUUCUCUGCUACCAACUGUGGGUGCGCCAGUUUUUCUCAAACCAUAUCUGGGUCUGAUCAGGCUUUACAAGCUUCCAACAACUAGUGGAAAGCAAACUCAGGUUAGGCUUCUAUACCUGGGAUUCCAUAACCAUUUUUGCAGGAGAAUAUCGGUUUUAAUUGAAAACUGUCCUUAUUCUGCAUCUGGCAGUUCUCUCCUGUUACAAAUGGGUAUUGUAAUAGUUGGCUGUCACAAUUAAGAGAUGAAUAUUAUGUGUAUGUUAAGAGAAGUUUUAUAGAUGUACAGUUAUGUUAUUUUGUAUGUUCUCCCCAUAGUCCUCUUCCCAUUCCCCCCCCCUUGUAUUUUAGUCAGAAGUUGGGGCAUUUAGGGGAGGGCAAGCUUGUUACUAGGAGGUGCAGCAUGGCAACACCUGACCUCCAAUCAAGUUGCAAGAAAGUGAUCUCCACCAAUGGAUGGCAGAGAAGGAGUUGACUGAUGAGACUUUGGGAGGGGCCAAGAGUAUAAAAAGCAAAGCAUCCAUUCUUUAGACAGUCACGUGGCUGCUGGUCAUCAAGACUCCCAGUGCUGUAAUUUUUCCUUAUUAAGCCUUCUAUUGUAUUUUUGUUAAGGUUUAAUAAACCUUUGAAAUUUUAAAAGUUGCCAUAGUUUCUCAUAUCUCCAAAAAAAAUACCUCUUGAUCAAACCCAGACCAUCCUCCCAACAAUGCAUAUUGAAAAUGUAACACCCCCAAGGCAUUUAAAUGCAAGGGGUUUACCAAGGUUCCUUUACUCUGGGUUAGAUGCAUGGGAGAAAUAUCGACCAGAUAUUCUCAAGAGGUCAAAAGUACACAAAGGUUGACUGGAAAAAUAAUAGAAAAUCAAGGAACUUUGGCAAAGGAUUUAAUACAACAUCCAAUUAACUUAAAACACGCAUCAUAAUGUCAGGAAAAUUAAUCCACAAACACCAGAGGUUUAUGUCCAAGAAGGAGACAGAGGAGCUCUGUAAUUUUAUUCUAAUAAAGGGAGAGGCCAUGGGGCAUUUCCCCAUGGGGGUCUCAAAAUUUUGAGGGGACGCAGCCUCCUUUUUAUCCUGAUUUCCUGGCUGCAUGUCCCUCUCUCUUUACCAUUGGCUGAGGUACUUGAGAGGUACAGACUCCCCAAAAUACCUAAUACCUAAGACCCCUUCUAAUGUAUAUCUCCCCUGUUUUUCUUUUUCCUUGUGUUUCUGUUCUUUUUCUCUAAAUCCAGAGAUUUAGCAGAGUCUUGGGUGAGUAACAGUGUGUGUCAAUUAGUGGAAUUCCUAUGUGUUAUGAAUAAGGCGUAGUGAUUGGCUCAUGCAAAUGAGGAGAAGUUAUUAAGUAUGGUGGGAAGAAGUUCUGUUGAGGUUUACAGUUCUUUUGACAUGUACUUCAGUUGUCCCAGUUUGGUUUUGAACCCUUUUCUCCCUCCAAUCUUUCCCCUUGUGUGGUUGCAGCCUGGCAGCUCUGGCAACAGAGCUGUCAAAACAAGUGGAGGAGGGCAUAUAUUUGCUCUUUUCAAGAGGUGGCAGGGAGUGGGGGGACACUUGUUGCUAGGAAGCUUGGCAUGGUAACCAUCUUACCACCAAUCAAGAUGCAAGAGGGGCUCCACAAACAAAAAGGCACAAAGGACUGACUGACAGACCUUGGGAGGAACCAAAUGUACUUAUAUGGAUGAGGCCACGGACCCUAGGAGGAGCCAAGUACAGCCACGGACUGUGGGAGGUGCCAGGAGGAUAUAUAAGGUCUGCUUAUGAAUGCUAAUGUGGCUGAUGCAACCUUGAGUGUAUAAAAGGCAGAGAUGCCAUUUUGUAAGCUGAGCCUCUAGUGAGCAGAGAGAGUCUCACUACACUCCCAAUGCUGUCCCCCCUUUGCUUUGUAGUUUUAACGGGUUAUAAUUAAAUUUUAUUUAUUCAUUCCCACCCAGUGUCUCAGUCAUACAUAACACUAUGGAAUUUAUGGUUUCCCCCAUUGCUUCUUUCACCUCUGUCAUGGUUUGACUCUGGCACAGUGCCAGUGCCUCCAUGAAAAUAUACUUUCUCUAGUGGCUUGUGUGAGAUGUGAUCAGGAACAGAGCAAAGCAGGCUCCAACUUAGGAAUAAAGAAAACAAAUUUUAUUAACUACAACAUCUAAAAAAAGGAACAGACACAGAAUGAAGAAUGAAAACCCUCCAAAUACAUUCCUCCUCCUCCCCUCCAUUUUCUCCACAGAAUGAAAUAACAUCAUAGAUUUCCACCCCGUCACCAUCUCUCAGAUAAUCAACUUUCAGUCCAUCAUCACCCCUCAAAUAAUCAACCCUCAAAUCCAUCAGGGAGAGAGGAGUCCCCCCUUGCACCAUAGGCUUCUCCCAGAAACACAAUUGAAACCUCUUGUGUUUCCGUGUCACUCGUGGCACCGCCCAGAGAACAUUGGCCCUUGUGACUUCUUCCCGCCAUGUCCAGUGCUCUCACCACUGCACAUGGGCCAGGACUGCUUUUAGAGUUCCCUGUUUAAGGAUGCUCCACCCAGUUCCAAAAGCAGCAGUCUCUCAACUUCAGGACACCAGUCCCCCCCAAAUUUACCCCCUGGGGCCGAGGGGCCUCGUGAACAGAGAUCUUCCUCUCCACGGAGACAGAGGGCAUCCCACACCCUCCUCAGCUGUCUCUGUUCACACCACUGCUUCACUCUUGACUCCAAGGCAUUGCCUCCCCCUAAAUACAGUCUCUGGGUCACAGGAAAAACAUGGGUCUGUCCAUGGCCAUACAAGAAAGAGUCCAACUCAAGGCCACUCCAUCAUCUCUUCCCACCUAGGAUUCUUCUCACCUCUUCUGACAUCUCUCACAUGCACCACUUGCCCAUUUCAUCAUGCUUCAUCUCUCUCUCCACAUUCUGAUUCAGGAGGAUAAGUAUUUGUAAGGUUUCCAUUAUUCUACAAAGGGGUUAAAAUCUUCACCUCUGUCUGCCCAGAACUCCCACAGCUGCCAGGCACCUUCUCUCACCGCAUCCCCCACUUCUGGCUGGCCAUGCUGCCAGUCCAUGAUAUCGAAUUUCAAGGCAGCACAGGCACUGGCUCUCUCUCUCUCUAUCUCCCGGGGGUAGGGGGCGGCCCGAUGCUUCUCAGGGCUCCUCUACCCUUCCAUCUUGCAAGGCCUUCACCCCCCUCCUCUGCCCGAGGUUCCAGCCUACCUCACCCGGCCGCAUGGCGUCCCCUCCCCCACCCAGCCCUAGCUGGGCAGGGGAGGUCUGAGCUCCUUCACGGACUGGACCGGAACCAAGAGAGCGUUCUCCUGGGAGUUCUUGCUUUUAACCCCCUGUGUUCUCAGAGGCGGUCCAUACCUUUAGUGGCCAAACCAGGUGCCAAUAUUCAAAUCCAAGCACUCAUUGGUUUGACCACAACCUCCCAAAAAACUCACUUCCUUCUUAACCUACGACAACAUCUCUGUAUCUGGCCUUAUCUACCAUGAGGCCCACAGUUUGUUUGUACAGACACCUCCUACUCAUUCUUUUCAAUAGUGUUAUAAAUAUUUUGAUCAAAUAAUCAAUUAAAUCUUAUAGAAGGGUUAGCUAUGAUUAUAAGUAGAAAAUUGUGAAGUAUAGGGUGUUAUGAAUAGAAACUUGUAUUUUUUUUUGAGUUUCAGAAUUAAAAAAAAAACAACAAGUCAGACCUCUUUGGUUUCGCUGACUGAGAGGGGCUCCUUAAGGGGCUCCUUAAUUACCUGUUAAUGGCUGGUGAUUAACUAUUGUUUCCCUGAUGCUGGCCGCUUGCCAAGAAGACACCAGGACAGACCCUCCAAGGUAAAGAGAAUGGGCAGUUACAUCAGAGCCAGUAUGCAGAUGAGAAAUGCAUUGCGCCCUGAAUUUUUACAGUUUUACAGUUUUUACAAGAAAAACCCCUAAAAUCACGAGCCAACAAGUGACUUAAGUGAUGUCUAAGGAUAGGAGCGUAGUCCCGUACCUGCUUGGACCCUUUUGCUUCUCACCCUAACCUGAAAAGAUACUGAUUAAAGAGACACCCCGGAGUGUUAAACAAACAAACAGGAAUCUACGACUCUCCCGCGAGGACAGAAUCCCCAGCUCUGUCUGCAGACCAGCGGACAAAGCUGCAUCAUCCUCCUUCUUCGUGCCACGCCUGGGAGCAGCUGCGGUGUGGGCGCAACCCGUCGAUUUCUCCCCACCUGAGCUGAUUCUUCUUAAUAAAGGCAUUAAAAAGGAGAAAGAUCUCCUGCCCAUUUAUUUCAUAGGGUAUAGAAAUAUCAGGAGUGCUGUGUUUGGAAUGUGUUAUAAAUGACAAUAUAGUAUUGGCUUUCACAUUUAUGUAUUGGCUUUUGCAAGUUAUUAUUGACCACAAAGAUUUUGAUAUGGUACUAUUUGUAAUUUCUUUUAAUUGCCUUUUGGUAUAGUAAAAUCUGUCAGCUUAUGUAUGCACCAUAUAGCUUAUAUAAAUAAUAGUGCGAUAAACAUAUGUGAGAAACGACUGUUCACUUUUAAAAUUUAAAAGGUUUAUUAAGCCUUAACAAAAAUUGCAACAAAGUACUGAAUAAGGAAAAAGUUUUCAGUGCUGGGAGUCUCCAUGACUACCAGCUACGUGCUUAUAUACAAAAUGGAUGCACCCCCUUUUAUAUUCUUAGCCCCUCCCAAAGUUUUGUCAGUCAACUCUUUCUCUGCCGUCUAUUGGUGAUUACUUUUUGCAUCUUGAUUGGAGGUCGGGUGUUGUUAUGCUGCACCUCCUGAUAACAAGCCAGUGUCCUCUAAAUGUCUUGACUACUAAGGCUAUUACAAGGGGGGGGAGGGAAAGAGGACUAUGGGAUGACAUAUUACAAUAACAUUACUAUACAUCUACAUAACAUCUAUCUCUUAAUUGUGAGAGCCAACUAUUACAUUACUUAUGUAUAACAAACCCCCCUUUUCCUUUUCUAUAAGAUAUUUGGCUCGAAAAAUUAACUAAAAUUAACUCUUAUUUUUGAUUUGGAUAUUUUACCCUUCUCAAAAAAAAAUAAAAUAAUUUUUACUAGCAUCUGUUGAUGUGGGCGAGGACAGUGGGAACAGGAAAAAAAAAUUAUUUGGAAAUGGACAAAAUGGGAUUACAGAGCUCUGGUAUGGCCUUUUUAUUCUCUUAGUAGUGAGUACAGAGGCUAACUCGAUCUUGCCCUUUAGUCUUUGUUGGAUUAAGAGACAACUGAGGAAUGAUAGAGGUCUGGUAUGACUUUCUUGUUCCCACUUUACCAUGCCUGCGGGGUUGCUACCAGCAGCAGGGCUAUAAUCAUCUUGGUGGCAAACACAGGGGCCAACAUGGUCUUGCCCUCUAUUUUUUUGUUUUAAUUUACUUGUGGGUUCUUAAGGAAACUUUCUUAAUACUUCUUACGGUUCCUUGUGUACUUCCCCUCAGCGGAUACUUGUAAUUUUUAUCUAUUAAAAUUGGAUAAUUACAUUAAUAAACUAUACAGUUCAAACUCCCCGCCUAAGGUGUUAGUUAAAACAAUCUUGAAGCUGGCUGGUGAAAGCUUGACUCUACUUUUCGGACAUCUUCAAGUUUCUUCGGUUAUCUCUCACCUGGUCUGGAUGUUAUUGUAGUCUAUUCUUUGGGUUUUUUCACUGGGUUUGGAAUUCUGUUGACAUGAGUCUGCUCCUGCUCUGUAGUUCGCACAGCUGAUUUAGUGGUUAGCAGUACCUGAAAGGGACUUCCCAACUGAGUGGUUAAACUAAAGACAAUGCACAUAGUACUGCCUCAUAUGUUUCAUUAUUUGAGAGGGUAAUUGGGUCUUCAAGUAGUUACUUACUACUGCUGACACAAGGGAACUGUGUGGCUUAGGAAGUAUUACAAUCACAGAGACGUUUUUAAACUUUUGGCAAACUUAUACAUAGAGGCAAAUUUUUCUCUUUACAAGAGCAGGAUGUAUACAGAUAGCUAGGUAGUGACACACACAUACAUACAUACAUAUAUAUAUAUAUAUGUCUGUUUUUCUAGGUGGGACAGCAGUAGGAUGUACAGAGCUGUGUAUCUAGAGCUAUGUCUCUGGGUGUGUCCAACUUGUGUAUGCACACAAGAACAUGUGCAGAGUUAGUACACAUGCACACACGUACUUGCUCACUUGCAGAGUUCCUGUGCACUAGGGUACUUGUUAGCAGCACACACUUGUGUACACUUAACUUGUUACACCAGCACACGUGCUACACAGAUACUCACUUAGGUACAGUCUUAACUGAUGCACGUGUCUACAAGCAUAAGACUUGUUUGCAUGUAGAGCUUGAGCACACCAAUGUGUGCAGUGUUAUACACAUUAAUAUAUGCAUGUCUCACACAGAGCUAUGCUCACACUAGCAGAACCUGUGCAUACUCACAAUCACAGAGCUGUGCACAGACCCACUCACACUUGAGAGUGUGUUAUUUAACACAUGUAAACAGCAGUGUACACAUUGCAUGUACACUUCAGUACAUCUACGUGACUAGUGCUGUGCACACCAGUAUGUAUGCACCCUGUGUAAUGCAGGAUGUGUACACUCACAUCUGGUCACACUAGAAAAACACAUGUGCACACAGAGCUGUACACACUGUCACACACAUGUACAGCACUCUGUCAAAGCUCUCCUGGCUCUGACACCCCUGUGGGUCUCCCAUGUCAUGGCAAGGAUGGGGAUAGGAGAGGGGAGUGUGGGUGGGACAUUGUGGUUCAGUUUAAAGAACACCUCCUGUGCCUUUGGGGUGGGAGCAGACAGGCCUGUCAUCUCGGACUGAAGGGGAGAAAGGUAUCGGUGUCUAAGCUUUUGACACUUCAGUUCUUCUCUUUGUCAACUACUAGAUGAAAAGUCUGAAGACUAAGGAAAAAGAAAAGCUCAGAGGUUUAGCAGCCCACAGGAGGGCAAGGGGAGAGGGGAGAGGAUCCUCCCUUUCCCCUUGGGGACACUUUAAUUAGCAAACUACAGGUCCUUUCCAUAAGGCUCACCUUCUUAAUUAGCUAGAAGGAGAAAGAACGAAAACAAGUGAAGAAAGGAAGAGCUCAGGGGUUGGCUGUACUCAGCUCUGCUCUUCUACUCACCCCACAGCAUGGUGAGGGCAUUGCUCAGAGACACUCAGGUGUGUCUGUGCUCUCUGGUUAUGCUGAAAAGUGAGGAAGACAAGGUGGAGGAGCAGGGCAGAGACUGGGGGUUCCAGCCAGCUCCCUGACUGCCCAGGAGGAACUAGCUGUUACUUGUCAAUCUCGGGUACUAAAGCGGAAGUAACAGCCAAAUAUUGUAGUGGUAAUGUUGGGAUUAGAAACAGUGCCUGGAUUUACUAGCUUUAAUCAAUGUCCAGAACUAGAGUCAACAUCUCUCUGAGCUGCAAAUAUUCUGCUAGCUAAGUCUGUGUGCUCCUGUGUGGCUCUUGGCUGUCAGCCCUCAACAGGAGUAGUGCUCCUAGUUUAGAUGGGGUCUGGUCAGAGCUCAGGAGCUUGUGUGCUGCACUGAGGCAGAUCAUUGCGGCAGCCCUCAGGGGAGGGUCCCCCCAAGCAAACGAGGAGACUUCUAGAAAAACACUGAAUAGAUGUUGCCCAGGGAGGUUAUGGCUACUUCAUCCUUGGAAUUAUUAAAGGUCAGGCUGGACAGGGCCCGGAACACCUUGGGAUAGAGGAAGGUGUCCCUGCCUAUGAUAGACUGUCCAUGGUAGGGGGUGGAAGUUUUAAGGCCCCUUCUAACUCAAACCAUUCAGUGGUUCUGUGUGAAGGCAUUAGCACAGAGGGGAGAGAUUUCCCAGCACUAUCACAGACAGACAUGAUUGGGCAGGGUUCCCUGUGCCUUGGGGAGCAAGAACUGGAUGCAGCACAAUCUUGAGAUUGGGAAAGGAGCUAUUCACUAGCUCUGUAUUAGUUCGAGACUCUGGUGCUUCUCAGUUUGGAGCAACCAUGGAAGGCCACCUACACAGGCCCCUGAGACCCCCACCUAUUAUAAUAGAGACAGUUCCCGACCCCCAGCCCGCUACCGCCUAUGUGGGCCUGCACGGCACCCGGCCUGGACACUGUGCAAUAGAGCCCAUCCUGCUGGGCCCCCCUGCACUCAACGAAAGACGUCUCAGUCGCCGCUGGUAGGCCUCUUCCACUUCCUGGCACCCCCAGUCUCAUGGCUUUAUACUGGCAGGUUACAGAGAAGCUCCAGCACUACUAGGACUUCUUGACUUUCAGCAGCCUCCAUGUAGACUGUGUCUCGAUCCGCCAUCGGGCCAGCGACUUGCACAACAAAGCCUGCCCCAACUUUUGGCAGCACCAUGUGAACCACUCCUGGCGCUGCCACUGCCUCUGCCAAGGCAGUGAGCACCAGGAGUCACCAUGCCAGGUCUCCGCUGUCUGCUCCUUGAACAGACCAGGCCCUGUCCGAGGCUCCUGCAUGGGAAACCCUGCGCAUGUGGCUUCUCCAGAGAGGCUUUUAAUGCAGACCACUGGGCUGGUGACUCGCGGCACAGCCAAGCCAGUCUUUUGACUCUCAGCAGAGCUGUGUGUGAACCGCACCCGGCGCUGCCGUCACCCCCACUGGGGCAGCGAAUGCUGGGAGCUACCAUGUUGGGCUUCUGCCGGCCACCACUUACACAGACCAGCCUCUGCCUGUGGGUCUUGCCUGGGAAAACUCAUGCACAUGACUCACCCCUCUGGGCACUCCCACACUCAGCGAAUACCACCCCACUCACCACCGGUAGCUCCCCCCGCCACCCACAGGAUCAGUUGUGUCACCGCGCUGGGCUUCUGCUGCCUCUCUCGACCCACACUGGAAACUUGCCACGCACAGUGUGGCUGUGAGCACUACUUUAUGCAGACUUGCCUCCCUGGGUUCCUUUGUGCUGGUGGGAAACCCGGCCUGCCUUCUCCCCUACGGUCCCCACUUGGAAAACCCCGCACAUUCGAUUUGCUCUGAGUAGUGGCCCCACCUGUGCCAGCUCCCCCCACCCCACCACUGGGCACUCCGCCACCUGGUCAGCCUACUGGGCUGCACUGCUUGGCGCCACCAAGUCACUGCAGGCAGACACACGCCUGCAGCCUCUCACUAGUGCUCGGUGCUUAUGAAGAGAUAAUAAAUCAGGUAUUCCCUGGAGUAUGGACCUCUGAUGUACCAGGGAGAGCAAAAAAUGCUCCCCCUAUACAGAUCAGGCUAAAAGAGGGAAAGCAACCUGUCAGGGUUAAACAUUAUCCCCUGAGGAGGGAGGAUAAGGAAAGAAUUAUCCCAGUAAUUGAGAACUUUUUACAUCUAGGAUUAUUAAAAGAAUGUCAAUCUGAUUUUAAUACCCCUAUCCUACCAGUCUGCAAAUGUGAUGGGUUGUACCAGUUAGUACAAGAUCUGCGAGCCGUGAACAAGGCAACUGAGGAUCUGUAUCCUGUGGUGGCCAAUCUCUACACGUUAUUAACUUGCUUAACACCCGAACUAACUUAGUUUACCAUUUUAGAUUUAAAAGAUGCCUUCUUUUGCCUUCCUAUCCACGAAGCCAGCCAGAAAAUUUUUUCAUUUGAAUGGGAAAGUCCUAAAAGUGGAUGCAGAGCUCAACUUACAUGGACAAGACUCCCACAAGGAUUUAAAAACUUGCCCACUUGGUUUGGAGAACAACUUGCAAAGGAAUUAGACACUUGGGAAACCCCUCCAGAGGAAGGGAAGCUGCUACAGUACAUAGAUGACAUCUUGAUAGCCACAUGGACAAGGGAAGUGUAUGUGGCCUGGACGGUAAGCCUCUUGAACUUUCUGGUGCUCCAAGGGUACUGGAUAUCAAAGAAAAAGGCUCAAGUAGUAAAACAGAAAGUAACCUAUCUGGGUUACGAAGUCAGUGCUGUUCAACAUACCCUAGUCCAAAGCCAAAAAGAGGCAAUAUGCCAGACCCCAAAACCUCAGACUGCAAAAGAACUACGGACUUUCCUCAGGAUGACAGGGUGGUGCAGGUUAUGGAUCUAUAACUAUGGACUGUUUGUUAAGCCCUUAUAUGAACUUAUUGCAACUAAAAGCAGGGACAUCCAAUGGACAAAGGAAGCUGCGCAGGCUUUCAACCAAAUGAAAAAAGCCCUCAUGUCAGCUCCAGCUCUGGGAUAGCCAGAUGUGAGUAAGCUUUUCCUUUUGUUCUCCCAUGAGAAACAAGGAAUUGCCUUAGGAAUAUUAGCACAGGACCUCGGCCCGUACUGGAAAGCAGUUGCUUUCUUCUCUAAGUAAUUGGAUGCAGCAGCUAAAGUGUGGCCUGGAUGCCUCAGAGCUGUUGCAGAAGUCGUACUGAACAUCCAAGAGGCACGUAAAUUCACCCUGGGCCAGAAAAUGACUGUGCUAGUGUCUCACACGGUGUCCACAGUGCUAGAGGUGAAAGGUGGGCAUUGGCUUUCCCCACAAUGAUUUCUGAGAUACCAAGCUAUUAUGGUGAAGCAAGAUGAUGUGGAAAUAGUGGUGACUAACAUUGUCAAUCCAGCCUCCUUCCUCAGUGGAAACCAAGGGGAGCCAGUGGAACAUGACUGCCUGGAGACUAUCAAUGCCACCUAUUCCAGCCACCCUGACUUGAAGGACACCCCUUUUGAGAAUGCAGAAAUCUGGUUUACUGCUUUCCAGUUAUGUCAUCAGUGGAAAACGACACGCUGGGUACACAAUUACUACCUGCAAGGAGGUAAUAGAAUCUGGGGCCCUGCCAACGAAUACCUCUGCACAAAAGGCUGAGAUGCUCUAACUCAGGCCUUGGAAUUGGCAAAACAGAAAGAAAUAAACAUAUAUAUGGACUCAAAGUAUGCAUUUAGAGUAGUGCAUGCUCAUGGAGCCAUUUGGAAAGAGAGAGGACUGCUGAACUCUCAAGGGAAAAACAUUAAACAUGCAUUAAAAAUACUGUGACUUCUAGAAGCAGUCCAGUUACCAGAGAAGGUGGAAAUCAUGCACAUUAAGGCACAUCAGAAGAUAAACUCAGAAAUGGAAGAAGGGAACGAGCUAGCAGAUAGGGAAGCAAAACAAGCAGCAAAAAUUAAGGUAAUAACUGAAGUGGCCCUGAUUCCAGAUGGGCAAAUUUCCCUCAAAGGUAAGCCAAAAUACAAUGAAUUACACAAAAAAUUGAUCCAUGAGCAAAAAAAGAGACUAUAACCAAGAGGGAUGGGCCACCAUAGAAGGAAAAUUAGUUAUAAUCUCCUAUUUAUUAUGGUCCCUAAUAAGGGAGGAACACCAGAAAACACACUGGGGAAUUGAUGCCCUACAUAAAUAUCUAAAUGAAAAGAUCAUUGCUAAAAAUGUUCAAGCCACUAUCACCCAAGUGACUCGACAAUGUGACCUUUGCCUCCAGACCAACCCCAAGAAUAUUCCCAAACCAAAACUUGGCCAGAUUGGGAAAGGCCUGGGCAGCAAUGGCAGAUCAAUUUCACAGAAUUGCCAAGAAAAGGGGGGGUAUAAGUUUAUACUGGUGCUAACAGAUACCUUUUCAGGAUAGCCAGAAGCAUUCCCCACCAAGAUUUGUAAAGCUCAGGAGGUAACUAAGGUAUUGGUACAGGAAAUCAUACCAGCUUUGGAGUCCUGGCCACAAUCUCCUCAGAUAGAGGACCACAUUUUAUCGCAAAAUUGGUGCAAUAGGUUAGCCAAUACUUAAGCAUAGACUGGGAACUUCACACCCCAUAUAACCCACAAUCAAGUGGUCAGGAAGAGAAAAUGAAUAAUUUGAUCAAACAACAAAUCAUAUGAUUGGGACAAGAGGCUAAUUUGCUAUGGCCUCAAUCCCUCCCAUUAGCGCUGCUGUGGAUUCGAACCAAACCCAGGACUAAGGAAAAACUAAGUCUCUUUGAAUUACUUUAUGGGAGACCAUAUGGGGUGCAGAAGGGAAUGUCUGCCCAGGACGUAUUGCUAACCUCCUAUAUGAUCGCUCUGACCAAACAACUUAGAGCAACUGAAAAAUAUGUGGCUGAAACUCGGGAUACGGGGCUCAAUGCACCAGUACAUGAUGUACAACCUAGAGCCUAUGUAUAUGUUAAGUUUCUUUACAGAGAAGGCCCUGGAACUACAAUGGGAAGGACCAUACCAAGUGCUCCUUACUACCUUCACUGCAAUCAAGAUUAAGGAACAAAGUGCUUGGAUCCACUACAGCCAUGUUAAGAGAGCUCCAGAAGCCCCUUGGAGAAUAACACCAGCUUUUUUAAGGUUACUGGGUGUGACUUUGUAUAUUCAGCACCAGUUGUAUCCUCUCGGGAUCUCCUCUGGUCAAGAUGACUCCGAGAUGUAUUAAAAGUCUCUUUUCCCCAACCCAGCUGUCAAAGAAGGAGUCAGAAGUCUUCGGCUCAUGUUCUCAAGGUUGUUUAUUAUUUCUUAUCUAAAACAUUUUCUGUCUGGCCUGCCAAGGUCUGUUCAGCAGGUCAGUCCGAGGCACACACUGCCCUCCCAUGGGGCUGGCGUUGUCUUUUAUACUAUAAACUACAUAUUCAAUAUUUACAGUUAUGUUCCAAUACCUAUCACCUAUGUUAGACAGUGACGUUCUACUUUACACCAGUCCCAGAGUGCCACCAUCACCAAGAAGAUGGAGGCUAGGAAGAAGAAGGAAGAAGAACAGGACAACGCCCAAAUCCCUCCAUCUUGUCCCCUAGACCCCCAUAGUAAAAUUCUUCAAAAUUCCACCUUUCACCCUGUGACAACUACUGUUAUGCUACUUAAACUUUUGUGACUUGUAAUUCUUCAUACAAGGUUGAUAAUUUGCUCCAUAGGUUAAGAUCAAAAUCCCAAGUGUCUUUGGCUUCCUGCCAGGGUCUCCAAGCCCCUGCCAGGAUUUUGAGCCAUCCAGGGCACCCAAAGGGAUGCCCUGGGUUCUGACAGUAUCCCACCAGUUAAUAAGAUCAAACUAUACAACAUACAACGAGUUACCACCCACACCCAUUGGAAUUAAUUUAACCCUAGUAAAACAAUAAAUGAAACAUCAGGAUCUAAUCAAAAUUGUGGAAGAGAUCCAAAAGAAUGGGCAGAGAACUCUGGUAACUGUCCAUCACGACAUAACAGAAAUAAACAGGGUCUUGCAAAGAGUAAAACAAGACACAAGUCAUAACUGGUGGGAUGCACUAUUUGGAUGGUCACCAACUGCAACUGGGAUCAUGAACACUUUAUGUCACCCCAUUAUAGUUUUAUAAAUUUUAGUUACUAUAAGUUUAAUGAUGCCUAUUUUAACACUCAUGUGGAAUUAGAGGAUGUUGAGAUGUGUGGCCAUUUUGACUUCACUCUCUAGAACUCAUGGAAUCCUGCUGAAGGAGAACUGUCAUGAUAGUAAGUCAGAAUUUAGAUCAAGACCCCUGUAGUAAAAGAAUUUACUAUAUUUUAAGAAAAAGGGGGACUGAAAUAGAGAUUUUUGGAGUUCACUUGAGUUAGCAAUAUGAAUUAAGCAUUUAAAUUUUGGCUUGUAGAAUUAUGUGUUGAAUUUUAAUCUUUUACUUAAGAAACCUCUGCCAUGGUACAAAGGGCAUAGGAAAAUGCAAAUUUCUGAAGCUUCUUGCAUAAAGAACAAUACUGGGAGAAGACCAAGGAAUGCAAGAAACUCAGAUAAAGGGGCUCCUCUGUCUCCAAGCUCAUCAAGACCAACAGACGUACUCCGAUAAGUACCAAGGGACCAAAGCGCACAUGCAAAGGAGAAAAAUUCAAAAGUUCAAUCAUGAAGAAGACCACGAUCUUCAGCCUCAGAGACCACCGAGAGACCCCUGUGUGACCACCACAGCAAACAACGCAUGCCCAGAAGGGCGUGAAUCUAAUUACCAUGCAAGGCAAGGACAGGCGGGGCCAGGGGUUGAAUAUGCAUGGAAAGUAUGUACAAUGUAAUGCAUAUGGAACAUCUAUGUAAAUAAAGAUGUGGGUCAGACCGAGGCUCGGGGCACAAGUUUUCACGAGAGCUAUCUCGCUUGUGCUGGGCACUGACAAUACAUACCCACUUCAUAGCUACAUCAGGUUGUGGAGUCUAUUUAUUCUGCUAAUUGCUUCAAGGAGGUAAGGUUCCACAAUUUCAAUGUCUAGCUUUUUUCUUUUAUUUUUUUAUUAUUAUUAUUUUUUUGUUAUUAAACAGGUUUUUUUCACUUUCA